AUGUCUCGAAGUGAGAGGGUCAAGGAACCGAAGACUGCGGCUAGAGUUAAUGCGAAAAAGGAAGCAAAGGCUAGCUUCGAGUCUUCUAACCAACGAAAACUCAAUGUUCGCCAGCUGGCAUCUCUGAGUAUAAGAAGUACCGCAUGCGACUUGAGAGAACAGUUUCCGAGUGAAAACCUUCAGAACAUCUUCGAUUUUAUUACGGUCACAGGCGUUCAUUAAACCAAAGAUAGGACAGCAGUAUUCGAGGACUGGUAAAACAAGCAUUUAAUAAAGUCUUAGUUUUAUUUGCGGAAGGAAAAAAUCAUGCGAUACGAACCCAUGUAUCUGUGCGGCUUUGGAAGAGCUUCUAUCUGCAUGGGGUGAUAAAGCAGGUUUAACUGUAUAACUUAAACGUAGGUCAUUUAUGGUGAAGAAUUCUGGGAGUGACUUAUUCUAAAAAAUUAUGCGACCAGGAAGUUUGACAGGGCCAUAAGAAAUGAAACUGCACUGAGUGAUGAAAACUCCAUCUGCUUAAGCCUGGUAAAUCGGAAUUCAUUUUUUCAACACAAACGUUUGCGGUGUCCUUAGAGUAUCAGUUAACACAAUUUAGCUUAUCGGAAUAAAUACAAGCUUACGCACUUCUGAGUUUAGUCGAAAUGUCAUUGAUGUAAAGAAGGAAGAGUAGCGGACCCAGAACCGUGUCAUAAAGUACGCCACUCGUGAUCGAGUGAUGUGUCGAGUAACUACUACCGACCAUGACUUUCUGAUAUCAGUUUGAUAGACAGGACCUGAUGAAGUCGAGUGGAGGCGGCCGGAUGCCGAGAGCUUCCAAUUUUUCUAAAAGACGUCUAUAGGGCAACUUGUCGAAGGCCUUGCUAAUAUCAAAGUAGAUAACCGCCACUGACUGCUGCUCAUUACGAAGAGAAGUGAUUAGAUUAAGAAAUGCCAGGUGGCAAGUUUUGCAGGAUCGCUCAGGUAAAAAUCCAUGCUGUUUAGGUCUGAGAGAUCCGUUUUCACAAGAGAAGCAGACUUUACCCCAUCUAAUUCUGAGAACAUGAGAGAUCCCACUAUCAAAAAUAUUGUGUUUCGAGAAGAAUCGAUUUUGGAAGAACUGAAAAGCUUGAAGGAAUGUAAAUCUCCCGGUUCGGACGAGAUCCCAGCAAAGCUGCUUUUUGAGCUUGCCUAACAGCUGGCCAAGCCACUAUCCUUUCUGUGCCAGAAAUCGUUUGAUGUUAGAAUUCUUCCCACAAACUGGAAGACGGCCUACAUUACACCCCUUUACAAAAGCGGCAGUCGUGCUCAGGCGACAAACUACUGACCCGUCAGUCUGACAUCAAUCUGCUGCAAAGUGAUGGAGAAUAUCAUCAAAAAGGAGUUGGUGGCUUACUUGGAAACCCACAACCUCUUGUCCAAUACGCAAUAUGGUUUCCGUAUGGGAAGAUCAUGUGUUACAAACUUGCUAUACACAAUGCAAAGUUGGACACGAGCACUGGACGCAAAACACACCGUGAAUGUUGCCUAUAUUUAUUUUCGGAAGGCGUUUGACAGUGUUCCGCACCAGCGUCUCCUACACAAGUUGAGAAUUAUGGGCAUCGGUGGCAAACUUCUUAAAUGGAUCGAAAAUUUCCUUGUCGGCCGCUCCCAAAUUGUCUGCAUAGAACAACAGCAAUCGAGGUGCACAUUCCUAGAGAGUGGGGUCCCACAAGGCUCGGUGCUCGGACCAACCCUCUUUCUCUUGUUCAUCAAUGAUUGUGUAGAUGGGUUGGACUGUGAUUGUGCCAAGUUUGCGGACGACAUAAAAAUCUGGAAAGUCAUCCAGAAUGCUGCCGAUGAGACCAACUUCCAAGAAAAUCUUUGUCGAUUGGACGAGUGGUCCCGCAGAUGGCUCAUGUCCUUCAGUUUGAAGGAAUGUACCAUCCUGCGCCUCUGAAAUCAGGCCCCUAGUACGCGGCAAUACCAUCUGAACGGAAUGCCACGCCGAGAAGCAGAAACUCAGAAAGAUCUCGGAGUUUGGGUUGCAGACAGCCUAAAGCCUUCUGCACAAUGCUGUAAGGCGGCCAGGACUGCAACCUCAAUGCUAUAUGCCAUCAAGCGUGCAUUCGUAGUUUUCGAUGAAGACUGCUUCACCAAAGUCUUCGGCACGUUUAUAAGGCCCCAUCUCGAAUAUGCAAUUCAGGCCUAGAGACCGUGGACGCAUCAGGAUUACGAUCUGCUCGAAAGGGUGCAGAGACGAGAAACAAAAUUAAUAAGAGGUCAAAGUUCACUGCCAUAGGAGAUCCGCUUAACUAACCUUAAGCUCUAUCCUCUGAGUUAUAGGCAGUUGCGCGGAGACUUUAUACAAACUUUCCGUAUCGUGCGCGGCUUGGAUUGUGCCCUUCGGCGCGAUAACUUUUUCCAACUCGCCACUACAACUCACCUCCGGGGACAUCCCUUCAAGCUACGUGUGCCACAGGGUAGACUGAAUGUGAGAAAAUAUUUCUUCUCCAACCGUGUCGUGGAACCGUGGAAUAACCUGCCCGAGACGGUUGUUAUGUCUCAAUCUGUGGAGACAUUUAAAUGUCGCCUUGACAGAUAUGUGCUGCAGCAACAAGCGGACUAUGCGACUUUUUAGCCAUGUGACUAGUGACAUAUGUGAAUCAAUGUAUGCAUCCUUUUAAUGUUGUAAUUUCUCCACAUUUUUGCUUGUUUAUCGAUUUUUUAUGUACAAAUAGGGAGUUCAAAGGCGUAAGCCUAUUUCCCUCAAAUACACUGGCUGACUGACUGACUGAGACCGAGUAGCUAGACAGAAGUCAAGAAUUUCAUUGAAAAUUAUUCUUUCAAGAAGCUUUGCUAGAGACGGUGUUUUGUGCGGGCCUCGAUAGUUUUUAACAUCGGACUGAGAUCCACGCUUAAAGAUGGGAAUGAUGAUUUAAGUUUUCUAUGUUUCAGGAAAGAAUCCUUUUAAAAUAUUAACCGAGAAUAAAUGACAAGCAAGAUGAGAAGGUUGAAUGCUUGUUUAAUAAUCGAAUUUGGAAUCCCGCCCGUUCCUGAGCGCUGUGAGAUUUUAAAACGACUUAUGUGUUUCUUAAUGAGAUCUGAGGAGACAUCGAUUGUACUCAGUGUCAUAUCUGAAAGUGAACGAAAGAAAGAGACUGGUUCGGAGUCAGCUGUAAGGUGCUUUGCAAAGAAAGCACUUAACAACUCCGCCUUGUCAGUGUCAUCGAUGAGGAAGAUUUUGUUAUCGUUUAGCAGAGGUGGAAGUUCGUGACCACGCUUAGAGGACGACCGAUGACGGAAGAUGUUAGCGACGGAUUUGCCAGGGUUCGAAUCACUGAGGGCAAGUGAUUCUCUUUGCCUGACGCGCGCUUGGCGCAUCCUUGAAGCAAUUUCAAAAAUAUAUGUGGUUAUAAGUUGAACGGAUAAGGAACAAGUGGAUAGGUCACACAGCCGCCGUCUUAACAUUUAGUCUGUUGUGAAGAAACUGAGGAGCAAGGGAAUCUGCAGAAUCAGGCUUGAGAUAUCUACGCGGAUGUCCGUUGAAACAUUAAACACGACAUCACGAAGAAUGGUUACAUCGCUGCAGGAGAGAAAGCCACAAAAAUCCAAUGACCUUAAGUCGUUAUUUACGCAAUUAUAGUUUAGGUAAGUCCAACCCGUGCUGGUCUUGUUUGGAAAUGCAAGCGGUAAGCAACAAUGAAUUGCUAAGGGAUUACUAUCAAAGAGGUCCUGUUGGAAAGGGACAAAAAUACGGGCAUUGUCAUUGGUGAAGGUUUAAUCUAAAAUGUGAUUAUCUCUUGUUGGAGAGCGCACCAGCUGGGACCAGUUAGAAAAAUUGACAAUAUCUUGGAAGGGCUGGAAGCUAGGUGGACAGAUAUUGGAAACCCAGUCCAUUUCAGGAAGGCUGAAAUCUCCAGUGAUUAUUUUAACAUCGGAAGCAGCUUCCGAAAUUAAUUUGAAAUUUUCACAGAGUUGUGAAUCAUCACUGGCUGAAGAAUUUGGGGGAUUGUAGAUACAGAUGCAAAUCAGAAGUCUCCCGUGAAUUAGGAGACAUCCAGGUAAUAGGAAGUGUGCCUUUGUGAGAUCUAAGAUAAGCAAGACAGCCAGCCCCACGCCUAGUCAUGCGGUCUUGGCGUUAUUUCAAGAGCAAUGGCUCUGAUUUGGGCCAUCUUAUUUAAAACAGACCUGGCAUUCAAGAAUGUAAUAUCCAAUGUGUUUCGAAAAGCAAGACUAUUGUCGACGGUAUUAAAGAAAAAUAAUUUGGAGGCGGAUAUGUAAGCUGUGAAUUAAUGAUGUUUGGAAAAUCAAUGCAAGUUAGUCCAGAGUUAUUAGCGUACGGGGAUUCAACAAGAAAAGGUUGGGCAUGAGACCUAAAGGAUGUGGGGAUAUAGAUUUCGAGCAUUUGAAUGCUAGGAAAGUUAGAACAGAGAUAGGCUUGUUGAUAGUGAAAUUGUGGAAAAGGGGGAAGAUGAUGAUGAUGAUGAUGAUGAUGAUGAUGAUGAGGAGGAGGAGGAGGAGGAGGAGGAGGAGGAGGAGGAGGAGGAGGAAGAGGAGGGAGCCUAG